AUGGCAGCUGCCUCAGCGGUCCCCGAGAUUGAACCUCCUCCUCCGUCUUUCAGAUCUGCAGUUUGGAACUUUUUUGGCUUUCAUGUGAAGCGUGACCCUGAUGGUAAGCGCGUCGUGGACAAAACUACCACAGUAUGUCGGAGAUGCCUCACAAUGCUUAAUUACGUCAGCGGGAACACAACAAAUAUGACUGUACAUUUACGCCGACAUCACCCUGAUGCAAAGACAAGUGGAGUCAGGGAAAAACAGCAACAACCAAGCAAGCAACAAGCUCUUCCCGAGUCAUUUAGACAGCCGUUUACACGUGAUUCCAAGAGGGCAAAAGAAAUAGACAGGGCGAUAGCUACUUUUAUUGCUGUCGACAUGCGACCGUUUUCUGUAGUAGACAACAUCGGAUUUCGGGAGAUGCUGAGAGUACUUGAGCCCCGUUACAAUCUUCCUUCACGAACCUAUUUCACCGAGACCGCAGUUCCUGCUUUGUACAAUGAGACGAAAGCCAAAUUAGAGACGGCAGUGUCAGCAGCACCCGCUGUUGCUCUGACCUCAGACGGCUGGACGUCAAGAGCUACACAGAGCUUCCUGACUGUCACCGUACAUUAUAUUGAUCCAGAAUGGCAAAUGAAAAGCAGUGUUCUGCAGACACACCUCAUCGAAAGUCACGCCACAAACGACUUGGCCAAAGCUCUGUCAGAAGCAGUGGAAGACUGGAAGUUAGUGCGAGCAAAAGGUACUAUACCUGUAACUACUGACAACGCCAGGAACAUAGUUAAUGCUGUCACAGCUGCUGGGCUGGGGCCACAAAUUGGAUGCUUUGCACAUACCAUUAAUAUAGCAGCUCAGAAAGGAAUGGUAGUGCCGAAAGUUUCCCAUCUCCUUGCAAAGAUGAGAAAAAUAGUCACCUUUUUUCACAGAAGCACAACAGGACACAAUGUGUUGAAGAGAAAACAGGAGCUGCUACAGCUUGGUGAAAAAAAACUGAUCCAAGAUGUUUCAACCAGGUGGAACUCCACCCAUGACACGAUGGAAAGAUACCUUGAACGGAAAGAUGCAGUGUUUGCUGCUAUGGCUGACAACACUGUGAAGAAGAACAUGAAGAACAUAAACAGUCUAUCUGAUGAUGAACACACACUGGCUGAAAAUCUUGUUGCAGUCAUGAAAACCCUAAAAACUGUCACUAUCAUGAUGUGUGAAGCAUCAUCUCCCACAGCAUCCAUGAUCAUGCCACUUAAAAUAAGCAUACUGAACUCCAUGGCACAGUCUGAUGAUGACAGCCCAACAGUGAGAGAUGUAAAAAAAAACAUCAGGGAUGACCUGGAGCAGAGAUACACAGAUCCUGCCAUUCAGCAUUACCUCCACAAGUGCACGGCUUUAGAUCCACGCUUCAAGUCCCUGCGACACUUGGAUGAUGCCACUCAGCUGAGAAUUUUUGCAGCACUCAACACAGAGAUUGUCCUGAGCAUUGAAGAAGGCCAAGCUGCAGGCAACACAACAACAGCCCCCUCUACGGAUACUGAAGCACCACACUCUUCAGAUUCACCAUCAUCAUCUCCACCAGAGAAGAAGUCAGCCAUGAAGGAGUUGUUUGGAGAACUGUUCAUGGGACAGGAGCCAAGGACCAGGUCUGCAGCCAAAGUGGCAGAUGAGGAAAUUAACUUGUAUAGGUUAGCGGACUGCAUUCACAUCGAUGAUAAUCCACUGAGAUGGUGGAAAGAACAUCACAGCUUGUACCCUCACCUUUCCAAGUUGGCACUGUGUUACUUGGUUGUACCAGGGACCUCUGUCCCAAGUGAGAGGGUGUUUUCCACUGCAGGUGACAUUGUCACAGCAAGCAGAUCUGUACUGUCAGCAGAACAUGUUGACAUCCUCAUUUUUCUGAAGAAAAACAUGGAAGUUGAGUAAACUGAUAUUUGGUUUGUCUUUAAGUGAAACUUUUAUGUAAGUUAUUUUUGUUGUUUUUUAAGUUAUUUUUGUUGUUUUUUAAGUUAUUUUUGUUCUAUAUGCAGCCUUAGCUGCCAGCACUCCAGAAGAUGAGUGUGAGGGAGAGUUCCAUAAAAGAUUGGUUCAUUUUAUAGGCACCUUAUUUGUUUAAUUGCUGCUGAGAAUAUAGCCCAGAGGAUGGCUAUAGUAUAGCUAUUAUUCUGGAAAAAAGCUACUUUGGUUUUCCACAGAUUAUUUUCUUAGUUACAUAAGUUUGCUAUUGUAGCAACAUUUAAUUUACAAAAUUGUACUUUUGAG